AUGUUCAAGAAUGAAAAAUUGAGGAAGGAGGUUUAUUCGCCACUGCUUUCGCUACUUAGCUGCAUCAGAUUGCUAUCAGAAAAUGGGAAAAACAUAGGUGUUCACCACGCGUUAGUUCAAAGACUACACUCGUUUUCAUAUGACGAAAUAGAGUUUUUCAUUCCCCAGUUUAUCCAGCUUCUUGUCCUGUUUGAAACUGACUCAAUGGCCUUAGAAGAUUUCUUAUUGAGAUAUUGUGAAAACUACCAUCAUUUCAGUUUGAUUGUCUUUUGGUGUCUACAGGCUUUUUUAUUCGAACUUCGAAAUGAGCCGGCUUCGUAUGCAUUCCAAACAGUGCGCAACUUCAUCAAUAAAUUACAAAGUAUCCUUUUUAAUGUGGGCAACAGUGUAUCAAGAAAAAGGGAAUUUAGGGAAAACCUAGAUCCUGCAUUAGUGCUCAGUGGAGCUUUGCUAUCAUCAUUCGCGUUGCCACUCGCUCAUGAUUACGUUACCCCAAUAAUAAAGUCACAAGCAAAACAACCAAAGUCUUUUGUAUUCAACGUAGCUAAUUUUCAAAAAAACUUAACUAAAAAUCUCACAUUAAAGAACCAGAAGAUAUCAGACGAUCGAAAAUUUGAUGUCCCUGUGGAAGAGAAGCAAGCUUAUGAGACAGGGGGUAAGAUAAUUGAUUCUUCCAGAUUUGGUAGAAAAGUUCCUCUGUAUUUUCUGCUGGAUGAUUCAGAAACAAACACGACUGAUGAUGAAGACACGAAAUUAACUUUCAAACAUGGCUAUUCCAAAGAAGCCGCGUUUUCCAAUGUUGGACAUACCUUGAAAAUCAAUACUACCAUCAAACGUAAAAAGAGUUUUGGGAAAGAUUUUAGCUCUUUGAGAAACGAGAUGAAUAGAAGCGCACAGUCCUUGCCUGAUCUUACAAGGUCACACUCUAGACCUGAUCUUUUAUCAACAGAGUCAGAAAUGGCUCUUCAUUCCAGCAGGUACUCAACCGAUGCAGGUACGAAAAGAAUCAAUUCCCCGAGUGCUUCCUCAAAGACCAAACUGUAUCUGGAACUUGUCAAAAUACUCAGGGUCAAUUAUUCCAAAAAGGAAACCGAGUUUAUUAUGUCGCUUCAAGAUAUUUCUAUGAGGUUAUCGCUGGUCCCCAAAGCUGCAAGAUUGUCAGCGCUAAGGGCAGAACUAGCGAUCAUCAAUGAUACACUUUUGCCAUCCGAGAUUGAUAUUCCUCAAUUAUUACCGGUUACCAGUAACAAGAACAAGAAGUUCCAUAAGAUUUUAAAAUUGAGUAUCAAUGAAGCUUGCGUGCUUAACUCAGCGGAAAGAGUUCCUUACUUGUUGUUAAUCGAGUAUUUAAGCGACGAGUUGGAUUUCAAUCCCUUUACUGAGUACAACCAAAAAUUGAUCAACGGAAAGCUUCAAGAGACCGAAUCCAAGCGCAGUUAUGAAUCCAACAACAACGAUACAGAGUCACUCGUAUCGGAUGUGAGAAGCAUUUCGGCGCGAGAUGGAUUGAAUGGCAUUGCAAAUAUUGAAACAGACUUGGGGGAACUAUCCAUAUUAGGAUCGCGUAGAGAAAGUCGUGAAUGGGUUAACUCAAAGUUGGGAUCCAUGUCUCCGAGGUUAUCACAGGAUGAACCGAGAAGCCCUUUACUUGGAACGUCUGGCACAUCAAACCUUCCUGAAUCGCUGGUUCUUGCCGAUCAAAUGCGAAUUGCAUCGGUGAUGCUUCAACAGUUGGAGAGCUCGGGACAAGCCAAUACGCAACAGUUUCUCGCCAUAAAAAACCGGAUUAUUGACUCAAUGAUUUCGUUGCAAGAUCAAUUUGAAAGUAUCGAUUACGAGACGAUGAAAGAGUUAAAGACGGAUGAGCAAGAUGCUGGUCAGCGAAAGCUUGAGAAUGAUUUUAAAAUCAGCGAGGAUUGGGCUUCCAAGAAACAAAGAAUACGCAAGGCGAGUGCAUAUGGCCAUCUUAGUAACUGGGAUUUGUGCUCUGUGAUCGUGAAGAAUGGUGAUGAUUUGCCGCAGGAGGCUUUUGCGUGUCAGUUGAUUACUAUGAUAUCUAACAUAUGGAAGAAACAUGGGAUACUGUUUUGGACAAAGAGAAUGAAGAUCCUCAUUACCAGUGCUAACGCUGGGUUAGUUGAAACUAUUACCAAUGCCAUGUCGAUCCAUUCUAUCAAGAAAUCUUUCACCGAGUUAUCGAUUGCAAGCGGCUCUAACACGAGAGGAAGAAUAUUCACGUUGAAAGACUACUUUGAGAGGCUUUACGGAAAUGAAAGUUCUCGGAAAUAUAGGCAAGCGCAGGAAAAUUUCGCCAGGAGUUUGGCCUCAUAUUCGAUAAUUUGCUAUGUAUUACAAAUUAAAGAUCGCCACAAUGGAAAUAUCAUGCUUGAUCACGAAGGUCAUAUUAUUCAUAUCGAUUUUGGGUUCUUAUUAGGCAAUUCUCCAGGAUCGAAUAUCGGGUUUGAAGCAGCCCCAUUCAAGUUGACAACGGAGUAUGUUGAUAUAUUGGGAGGCACGGAAUCGGAGUUUUAUAAACUUUUUGUCGAAGUUUGUCAAGAUUGUUUUAAAGUCUUGAGGAAAGAGUCGGACCAAAUAGUAAGUAUAGUCGAACUCAUGCAAAAGGAUUCGAGCCUUCCGUGCUUCAACAACGGGGAAAACACUAGUGUGAUGUUGGAACUGAGGCUACAAUUGCUGUUGCCUGAUGAGUCGAUUAAUCAGUUUGUUGAGACAUCAUUGGUGGGUAAGAGUUUAAACAGCAUGUACACCAGGUUGUACGACCAAUUCCAGAUGGUAACACAAGGCAUAUACAACUAG